UGUUGCUAAGUGCUGUCGUCGAAAAGGCAAUGACAAAGUGUAACGAAAACUUGACAUCUUCUACUUCAGAAUUUGAUAAAAAGUUGCAGUCGAUAUGCUUUGUCGCAACCCUUUACACGUUUAUUUGCGUAUUCGUUUGCAGUUGCGUCUUUUCUGUGUCGGUAUUAUUUCUCGGCUCGAGAUGGGUGAAAGCGUUUUUUGUGAUUUAUCUUAUAUAUUUCUAUUACGACAGUGAUGCGCAUUGGCGAGGUGGUCGAAGUGGAAAAUGGACCGAAAAGUUGAGAAAUCUAAAAAUUUGGAAGCAUUGCGCGAAUUAUUUUCCUGUGAAACUGAUAAAAACAACUGAUCUCGAUCCAUCGAGUAACUACAUACUUUGUGGAUUUCCGCAUGGGCUAUUUGCAUUUGGAUUUGCUUCCGCAUUUGGGGCAAAUUGUACUAAUUGCGACGACAUGUUUCCUGGCUUGGAAUUCAGGAUACUCUCGCUGAGAUUAUUCUUCUACGUGCCUUUUUUCCGAGAGCUGGCACUUAUUUUCGGUGGUUGUAGCUGUAGUAAAGAGAGCAUGCAAUACCUGUUAUCGACAAAACCACAAACACAAAAACAAAGUCGCGCGCUCAUUCUCCUAGUUGGCGGUUCCGAUGAUGCAUUCAGGACUCGACGUGGUGUUUAUCGGAUAGUUUUAAAAAAUCGAAAAGGAUUCAUUAGAACAGCAUUGAAAAACGGAACACCACUUGUGCCUGUAUUUUCAUUUGGCGAGGUUGAUUAUUAUGACAUCUUCCAUCCAAAGGAAGGAACUCUCUUGCAUAAGAUUAAAAAUUUUUCCAUUAAAAAGUUUGGCCUGUUUCCGAGUAUUGUAAUCAGAGGAAAUAUUCUUAAGAAUUUUUUUUCUUUCAAGCCUAUAAGAACACCAAUCCACGUAGUCGUGGGAUCUCCAAUAAAAGUUCCGAAAAUAGAAAAUCCAAUAGAGGAGGAAGUAGAUGAAUACCAUAAAAUUUUCAUUGAGAAACUUAUCGAACUGUUCGACUCCUAUAAAAGCACUUACAUGCAGAUAUAUAACUGUGGAAAUAUAACAUUGAAUUUAGUGUAAACUAUCUCUUAUUUGCAGAAAAUUUUCAAUAAAUUCCUCAAAUUUCUUACUCCGCUCCAAUCUAAAAAGAAUAGGCGCCGUUAGAUUCAUCGCAAAGUCGCCAGUAAAAAAAAGGAGAAAUAGUUGGUUGCAGCAGCUAUGCAAUCUGCACACACAUACACUACAAGUUGACCGUCAUUAGUGGCGCACGCGUUCGCGUCACGCCGUCAUUGUCGUAGUAAAGACAGCUCGACAUUGACGUGCUAAUGCCACGGCAUUUUCUUUACCCGCUUAGAGUCGUUUGUUUGUUUUCUGUUAUGCUUGGCGGCGGCGGCUCUAACGUUUUCGCGAAAAAGCUUCCGCGAUAUACGCACGUAUACAAGUCGUGGGUGGUGGAUCAAUUUUCCUUCUUAUGCCAUUCAUGACUACAGUGUAUUAAGUAUAGCUUUCGCCUUAAU